AUGUCAUUAUUUAUCCAAACAAAACCGCCAUCAACCUACAACUGCAAAGGACUGGAUGGUGCUGUCAUGAUUCACUGCCUUCCUACUGCUGCGGCGAGUACCUUCGAUGAAUAUGUGGAUAAGGUGUUCAUACCUUACCUAGAGAAGCAGCUGCAAGAGUCCAGAAGGUUAUAUAUUGUGUGGGAUACAUAGAUUUCAGAUAGUUUGAAGAAGUCUACCAGGGUAAAAAGAGGCAAUCGUGUACGCAGGAAUGUGUCUGGCCAGACCAGGCUGCCUGGCAAUUGGAUGGAUUUUCUUUCCGACUGAACUAACAGGAAGGAGUUGUUUGGCUUUCUUACCACCAAGGUUGAACAGUUCAACUGUCCAGCAUCCACAGCUAUGUAUGUCACAUCAGGACAAUCGGUGUUGUCCAUUAGUUCUGGUAGUCCAAUGCAUAGCUGUAACCACAAGGAAGCUGACACCAGAGUUGUGGUACACAUAUUACAUGCACUCGAGCACAGAGAGAAGACUGUCCUAGUGCAUACUGUGGACACUGAUGUUGUUGUCAACCUCGUUGGAACAUUCCACAAUCUAGCUGCAGUGCAAACAUUGCUCGACAUCUGGGUAGCCUUUGGCACAGGCAAGAAUUACAGGUUCUACAGCAUCAAUGCAAUUUGUGCCAGUUUGGGGGAACCACGAUCAUGUACACUACACGUGUUUCACACUUUUUUGGGUUGCGAUACUACAUGGCAGGCUUUUGAAGAUGUUACAG